CCUCUCCCAAAAGCAAGAACUGAUAGAGACGAAGCAUUUCCUCAAAUCGCAAUAAAGUUGAAAUAUUUUCUGCUAUUUUUUUGUUUCAAUUUGGUUCUCUACGGGGGGUUUUGAUCGGAUGGGGACUCUCACGAGCUUUAGUUUUAGCGCCGUGAAUUACAAGUUCCGCUCGGAUUCAGUUAUCAGGGAAAGAAUCGGAAUCGGGGUGUUGGAGUCGAAGAAAUUGAAGCGGAAUUCAUGUUUCUUGUGUAAAAAAAUGUUUAUCAAGGAAAUCUCUCCGAAAAAGUUUUACAGAAUUAGAUGUUUCAGUGCUAGCAAUGACGAUGGAGAAAUGAAGGAGGAGAAUUUAUCAAAAGAUUCAAGCGUCACGACGGUGCCAUCGCCGGAUGACACGGAUGAGAGGCGCAGCAACAAGACACCCGCCUCUGUUUCUUCAAGGCCACCAACUAUAUCUCCUAUUGGACCAGCCUACAGUGAUUUUCAAAUAGAUUCUUUUAAACUGAUGGAGCUUCUUGGACCUGAGAAAGUUGAUCCUGCUGAUGUAAAGAUAAUUAAGGAUAAUCUUUUUGGUUAUUCUACUUUUUGGGUAACUAAAGAAGAGCCAUUUGGGGACCUUGGUGAGGGCAUUCUUUUUCUUGGAAAUUUGAGAGGAAAGAGAGAGGAUGUCUUUGCCAAACUCCAGAUGAAGCUUUCUGAGGUCAUGGGUGACAAGUAUAAUCUUUUCAUGGUUGAGGAACCUAACUCAGAAGGACCAGACCCGCGUGGUGGGCCACGUAUCAGCUUUGGUUUGCUGCGGAAGGAGGUGUCAGAACCAGCACCAACCACACUUUGGCAAUAUGUCAUAGCUCUUAUACUGUUCCUUCUAACCAUUGGUUCCUCUGUGGAGUUAGGUAUUGCAUCUCAGAUCAAUAGGCUCCCUCCAGAGGUCGUGAAAUACUUCACUGAUCCAAAUGCCAUUGAACCACCAGAUAUGGAGCUGCUACUUCCAUUUGUGGAGUCAGCACUCCCCCUAGCAUAUGGUGUGUUGGGGGUUCUUCUGUUUCAUGAAAUUGGACACUUUCUGGCUGCUUUCCCUAAGGAAGUAAAACUAAGCAUUCCUUUCUUUAUUCCAAAUAUCACCCUUGGCAGCUUUGGAGCGAUAACUCAAUUUAAAUCAAUUCUUCCUGAUCGAAGUACAAAAGUUGAUAUUUCACUUGCUGGCCCAUUUGCUGGUGCUGCACUGUCCCUCUCAAUGUUUGUUGUUGGCCUGUUGCUCUCAUCAAAUCCAGAUGCAGCUGGAGAUUUGGUGCAGGUUCCUAGCAUUCUAUUUCAGGGUUCUUUACUGCUUGGACUCAUCAGUAGAGCCACUCUGGGUUAUGCGGCAUUGCAUGCUGCCACAGUCUCAAUUCAUCCUCUAGUGAUUGCAGGCUGGUGUGGCUUAACCACAACAGCUUUUAAUCUGCUUCCAGUUGGGUGCCUUGAUGGUGGUAGAGCUAUGCAGGGUGCUUUUGGAAAAAGUGCGCUCACUGGAUUUGGUUUGACAACUUACACACUGCUUGGACUUGGAGUGCUUGGUGGACCUUUAUCACUACCUUGGGGGCUGUAUGUGCUGAUAUGUCAGAGGACUCCAGAAAAACCAUGCUUAAAUGAUGUCACUGAAGUUGGAACAUGGAGGAAAACAAUUGUGACAUUGGCUAUUUUCCUUGUUGUGUUGACACUCCUUCCUGUUGGGGAUGAGCUUGCUGAAGAGCUAGGCAUAGGUCUUGUAACUACGUUUUGAUACACGAUAUGUUGAUUAUUAAAGAGAAAACAAAUGUAGAGAAAAGCCAAGUUUUGACUCAAAUAAUAAGAUCAACUCAAU